AUGGAAGCAGAAGUUACUGUCAACAGGACUGAUGUUGUGGCUGACAUACAUCCCUGCUAUGAAAUAGAUAACUUCAAUUAUGUCCUGACCAGAAACCCUUCUUUUAUAUGUGUUUUAUUAUAUAUUUUCCUUGCAUUAUUGGCUGUUAUCACAAUAUGUGGAAACCUCCUUGUUAUAAUCUCCAUCAUUUACUUCAAACAGCUCCACACUCCAACUAACUGCCUGAUUCUCUCUCUGGCUGUGGCUGACCUGCUUGUUGGGAUUAUAGUCUUUCCUUUCAGCAUGGUGUUCUCUCUCAGCUCAUGUCUGUAUUACGAAUAUUAUGCAGUGUGUCAGCCUCUGAGAUACAGAACUAAGAUUAAUGGUCAUGUUGUUGUUGUGAUGAUCCUGGUGAGCUGGAGCGUUUCUGCUCUGUCUGGAUUUGGUAUCAUAUUUGUAGGACUUAAACACAAUGUCUGUGAGGGAGGGUGUCUCAUAUUCAAUAUUCCAAAUUUAAAUAUAAUUGGACCUUUUUUCUCCUUUUACCUCCCAGUGAUUACAAUGCUCUGUAUCUACCUGAAGAUUUUCCUUGUUGCUCAGAAACAGGCUCGCAGCAUCCAGAACACAACCUGUCAGAGCACAAAGUCUGGAGCAGCUGUCAGUAAGAUGGAGAGAAAGGCCACAAAAACUCUGGCUACAGUGUUGGGAGUGUUUUUAAUGUCUGGUUCAGAUCAGCUUUCAGAAUGA